AUGACAACCGCCUGGAAAGACGCAUUGGAUAAUGCAGUUAAAAGUGAUAUUUGGCUUGCGGGAAUUGGCUGUUUUGCUCACGUUAUCCGCAUUGGUGAUACUGGAUAUGUCGUGAAGGAGUCCUUGGAGCACCCCGUAGUACCCGAUCUUUUACCUGUGGAAAAACAGAUAUAUGAGCGUCUUGGCCAUCACCAAGUUAUUCUCCAAUACUAUGGGGAGUAUCAGUCCAGCACCGAUCAAUCAAACGGGGUUCCCAGCGGGCUUGUUUUUCAAUAUUUGCCUGGGGGAACGCUAGCAGAGAAACUUGCUCUUUCUGAAUAUCCUGAACAGAGACCUCUAGAUGAUGGUUCGAUAGUUUUGGCUGAUUUUGGCGGCUCAAUGAUAGACGGUACUCUGCCAAAGGUUUGCUAUGCCACUCGGUAUCAGCUCCCAUUAUCUCCAGAGAGAGUGUUUGAGGAUAACCUAGUAUUAACGAUCAAAGAUGAAAUAUUUACUCUUGGGACUUUGAUAUAUGAGAUGACUGUCGGACAUCGACUGUAUCCCGACCAACAGAGUGUGGAUGUCCAGCGACUUCUACGCGCGAGGGAAUUCCCGGCUUUAGAUGAAUUGCCCAUAAAUAUUCAGACAGUAGUCAGCAAGUGCUGGGCAGAAAGGUAUGAGAGUGUCGAUGAAGUUUUACAUGAUUUGGAGUCAUCUCCAGCUCUCACUGCGGGCCUAUAA